AUGACGGUGACCUGGACAGAGGUCAUAGCUGUGGGGAUGGAGAGAACUGGACAGACCCCCUGUGCAGGCCUGCAGGUGGAGUCCACAGGCCUGCUGCCGGACCGGAAGAGGUCCGUUCCCCGAAGGAGAGGGGGAGAGGGUGUCGUCGUACAGGACAUCCCCCCUCCCCCCGCCCCUGGGUGGUUCCGCGCCCCACGCCACCUUCAGGGCCCGCGCUGCCGGCCGCCGCGCUUUGGGAGUAGCCGGGGGGCUUCGGGCCGGACCGCGCGUCCGCGAACGCUCAGUGGCGCCCGGCCCCGGCGCCGACGAGCCCCCGGCGCGGAGCUGCACGCGCGGACUGUGCUCACGGUGCCUGGGCCUGGCGCGGUGCUCUGUUUCCCGGCCCCUGGCGGCGGCGGUGCCACGCUGCACUCUGCGCUCGUGGCCCUGACCACGUUCCCUGCCUGCAGCUGCCCGCCGCACCCCGGGCCCCGCUGCCCACACCACCCUGUCUGCCUGCCGCCCGGCGGCUCGGCCCGCCUGCGCCUGCUCUGUGCCCUGCGGCGCGCGGCCGGCACCAUCUGGGUGGAGCUGGCGCUGGAGGGGGCCGUGGGGACACCCUCCCCGUCGCUGUCGCCGUCGCCGCCAAGCCUCCCCCAGGCCGGGGCGGGGGCGGCGCGGCGGGCCCGGCGGGGCGCUGGCGGCAGCACGACCCCGCAGUUCCCGCUGCCCAGCUACCAGGUGUCGGUGCCCGAGAACGAGCCGGCGGGCACCGCGGUCAUCGAGCUGCGCGCGCACGACCCCGACGAGGGCGAGGCGGGGCGCCUGAGCUACCAGAUGGAGGCGCUGUUCGACGAGCGCUCCAAUGGCUACUUCCUCAUCGACACCGACACGGGCGCGGUGAGCACGGCCCGCGCUCUGGACCGCGAAACCAAGGACACGCACGUGCUCAAAGUGAGCGCCGUGGACCACGGCUCGCCACGGCGCUCAGCUGCCACCUACCUCACUGUCACAGUCAGCGACACCAACGACCACAGUCCGGUCUUCGAGCAGUCCGAGUACCGCGAGCGCGUGCGUGAGAACCUUGAGGUGGGCUACGAGGUGCUGACCAUCCGUGCCACCGACGGCGACGCGCCCUCCAACGCCAACAUGCGCUACCGCCUGCUGGAGGGCGCGGGCGGCGUCUUCGAGAUCGACGCGCGCUCGGGCGUGGUGCGCACGCGGGCAGCGGUGGACCGGGAGGAGGCGGCCUCAUACCAGCUGCUGGUGGAGGCCAACGACCAGGGCCGCAACCCGGGCCCGCUCAGCGCCACGGCCACAGUGCACAUCGUGGUGGAGGACGAGAAUGACAACUACCCCCAGUUCAGCGAGAAGCGCUAUGUGGUCCAGGUGCCCGAGGACGUGGCGGUCAACACGCCUGUGCUGCGCGUGCAGGCCACGGAUCGAGACCAGGGCCAGAACGCAGCCAUCCACUACAGCAUCGUCAGCGGGAACCUGAAGGGGCAGUUCUACCUGCACUCGCUGAGCGGGAGCCUGGAUGUGAUCAACCCGCUGGACUUCGAGACCAUUCGGGAGUACACGCUGCGCAUCAAGGCGCAGGACGGGGGCCGGCCUCCGCUCAUCAAUUCCUCGGGGCUGGUCUCGGUGCAGGUGCUGGACGUCAAUGACAAUGCCCCCAUCUUUGUGAGCAGCCCCUUCCAGGCGGCCGUGCUGGAGAACGUGCCUCUGGGCCACUCCGUUCUGCACAUCCAGGCGGUGGACGCCGAUGCAGGUGAGAACGCGCGUCUGCGCUAUCGCCUGGUGGACACGGCCUCGGCCUCCGUGGGGGGCGGCGGUGCUGGGCCCCAGGACCCUGCCUCGGCCUCGGCCUUCCCGUUCCAGAUCCACAACAGCUCUGGCUGGAUCACGGUGUGCGCCGAGCUGGACCGCGAGGAGGUGGAGCAUUACAGCUUCGGGGUGGAGGCGGUGGACCACGGCUCGCCGCCCAUGAGCUCCUCGGCCAGCGUGUCCAUCACGGUGCUGGACGUAAACGACAACGACCCCAUGUUCACGCAGCCCGUGUACGAGCUUCGUCUGAACGAGGACGCGGCCGUGGGGAGCAGCGUGCUGACCCUGCGGGCGCGCGACCGGGACGCCAACAGCGUGAUCACCUACCAGCUCACCGGCGGCAACACCCGGAACCGCUUCGCCCUCAGCAGCCAGAGCGGCGGCGGCCUCAUCACCCUGGCGCUGCCGCUGGACUACAAGCAGGAGCGGCAGUACGUGCUGGCGGUGACCGCGUCCGACGGCACGCGCUCGCACACCGCACAGGUCUUCAUCAAUGUCACCGAUGCCAACACGCACCGGCCGGUCUUCCAGAGCUCCCACUAUACGGUGAGCGUCAGCGAAGACCGGCCCGUGGGCACCUCCAUUGCCACCAUCAGCGCCACCGACGAGGACACGGGCGAGAACGCACGCAUCACCUACGUGCUGGAGGACCCCGUGCCGCAGUUCCGCAUCGACCCGGACACCGGCACCAUCUACACCAUGACUGAGCUGGACUAUGAGGACCAGGCUGCCUACACACUGGGCAUCACAGCUCGGGACAAUGGCAUCCCUCAGAAGUCCGACACCACCUCCCUGGAGAUUCUUAUCCUCGAUGCCAAUGACAACGCGCCCCGGUUUCUGCGGGAUUUCUACCAGGGUUCGGUCUUUGAGGAUGCUCCCCCGUCAACCAGUGUUCUCCAGGUCUCUGCCACUGAUCGGGACUCGGGCCCCAACGGCCGCCUGCUGUACACCUUCCAGGGAGGGGACGAUGGCGAUGGGGACUUCUACAUCGAGCCCACGUCUGGCGUCAUCCGCACCCAGCGCCGGCUGGACCGAGAGAACGUGGCUGUGUACAACCUUCGGGCUCUGGCUGUGGAUCGGGGCAGCCCAGCACCCCUUAGUGCCUCAGUGGAAAUCCAGGUGACAGUCUUGGACAUUAAUGACAACCCCCCAGUGUUUGAGAGGGACGAGCUGGAGCUGUUUGUGGAGGAGAACAGCCCGGUGGGGUCCGUGGUGGCAAGGAUUCGUGCCAAUGACCCCGACGAAGGCCCCAAUGCCCAGAUCAUGUAUCAGAUCGUGGAAGGCAAUGUGCCCGAGGUCUUCCAGCUGGACCUGCUGAGCGGGGACCUGCGUGCCCUGGUGGAGCUGGACUUUGAGGUCCGGCGGGAGUAUGUGCUGGUGGUGCAGGCCACGUCGGCCCCGCUGGUGAGCCGGGCCACGGUGCACAUCCGCCUCCUGGACCAGAACGACAACCCGCCAGUGCUGCCAGACUUCCAGAUCCUCUUCAACAACUAUGUCACCAAUAAGUCCAACAGCUUCCCCACCGGGGUGAUUGGCCGCAUCCCGGCCCACGACCCUGACCUCUCCGACAGCCUCAACUACACCUUCCUGCAGGGCAACGAGCUGCAGCUGCUGCUGUUGGACCCUGCUACGGGCGAGCUGCAGCUCAGCCGUGACCUUGACAACAACCGGCCGCUGGAGGCGCUCAUGGAGGUGUCUGUUUCUGACGGCAUCCACAGCGUGGCGGCGCUCUGCACCCUGCGGGUCACUAUCAUCACGGACGACAUGUUGACCAACAGCAUCACCGUCCGCCUGGAGAACAUGUCGCAGGAGAAGUUCCUCUCUCCGCUGCUGUCCCUCUUCGUGGAAGGCGUGGCCACAGUGCUGUCCACCACCAAGGACGACGUCUUCGUCUUCAACAUCCAGAACGACACGGACGUCAGCUCCAACAUCCUGAACGUGACCUUCUCGGCCUUGCUCCCCGGCGGUGUCCGCGACAAGUUCUUCCCCUCAGAGGACCUGCAGGAGCAGAUCUACCUGAACCGGACGCUGCUGACGGCCGUGUCCACCCAGCGCGUGCUGCCCUUCGACGACAACAUCUGCCUGCGGGAGCCCUGCGAGAACUACAUGAAGUGCGUGUCGGUGCUCAAGUUCGACAGCUCAGCGCCCUUCAUCAGCUCCACCACCGUGCUCUUCCGGCCCAUCCACCCCAUCAACGGCCUGCGGUGCCGCUGCCCGCCGGGCUUCACGGGCGACUACUGCGAGACCGAGAUCGACCUGUGCUACUCCAGCCCCUGCGGCGCCAACGGCCGGUGCCGCAGCCGCGAGGGCGGCUACACCUGCGAGUGUCAGGAGGACUUCACCGGGGAGCACUGCGAGGUGAACGCACGCUCGGGCCGCUGUGCCAACGGAGUGUGCAGAAACGGGGGCACCUGCGUGAACCUGCUGGUUGGUGGCUUCCACUGCGUGUGUCCUCCCGGCGAGUUCGAGAGGCCCUACUGCGAGGUGACCACCAGGAGCUUCCCGCCCCAGUCCUUCGUCACCUUCCGGGGCCUGAGACAGCGCUUCCACUUCACCAUCUCCCUCACGUUUGCCACCCAGGAGAGGAACGCCCUGCUGCUCUAUAACGGCCGCUUCAACGAGAAGCAUGACUUCAUUGCCCUGGAGAUCGUUGACGAGCAGGUGCAGCUCACCUUCUCGGCAGGUGAGACCACGACAAUGGUGGCCCCACAGGUCCCCGGGGGUGUGAGUGACGGGCGGUGGCACUCGGUGCAGGUGCAGUAUUACAACAAGCCCAACAUCGGCCGCCUGGGCCUGCCCCACGGGCCGUCCGGAGAGAAGGUGGCCGUGGUGACUGUGGACGACUGUGACACGGCUGUGGCCGUGCGCUUUGGCGGCUUCAUCGGGAACUACAGCUGUGCUGCCCAGGGCACUCAGAGCGGCUCUAAGAAGUCCCUGGAUCUGACAGGCCCUCUGCUCCUGGGGGGCGUCCCCAACCUGCCUGAAGACUUCCCAGUGCACAACCGGCAGUUCGUGGGCUGCAUGCGGAACCUGUCCAUCGAUGGCAGGAACGUGGACAUGGCCGCCUUCAUCGCCAACAAUGGCACCAGGGCAGGCUGUGCCGCUCAGAGGAACUUCUGUGACGGGAUCUGGUGUCAGAACGGGGGCACCUGUGUCAGCAGGUGGAAUACCUAUCUCUGCGAGUGCCCACUCCGGUUCGGCGGGAAGAACUGCGAGCAAGUCAUGCCUCACCCCCAGCGCUUCAGCGGGGAGAGCGUCGUGUCCUGGAGCGACUUGGACAUCACCAUCUCUGUGCCCUGGUACCUGGGCCUCAUGUUCCGGACCAGGAAGGAGGACGGCGUGCUGAUGGAGGCCACAGCAGGCGUGUCAUCCAGGCUCCAUCUCCAGAUCCUGAACAACUACGUUCAGUUUGAGGUGUCCCAUGGCCCCUCGGACGUGGCAUCCAUGAAGCUGUCCAGGUCACGUGUGACUGAUGGGGAGUGGCACCACCUGCUGAUAGAAUUGAAGAGCGCCAAGGAGGGCAAAGACAUCAAGUACCUGGCGGUCAUGACCUUGGACUAUGGGAUGGACCAGGACACGGUGCAGAUUGGGAACCAGCUUCCGGGGUUGAAGAUGAGAAGCAUCAUCGUGGGGGGCGUUUCUGAAGAUAAGGUCUCCGUGCGCCGCGGUUUCCGGGGCUGCAUGCAGGGAGUGAGGAUGGGGGAGACGUCCACCAACAUCGCCACGCUGAACAUGAACGACGCCCUCAAGGUCAGGGUGGAGGACGGCUGUGACGUGGAGGACCCGUGCGCCUCCAGCCCCUGCCCUCAGCACAGCCACUGCCGCAACGCCUGGGACGGCUACUCCUGCGUCUGCGACAAAGGGUACUUUGGAAGGAGGUGUGUGGACGUGUGUCACCUGAACCCCUGCGAGCACGUCGCGGCCUGCGUGCGCAACCCCGGCUCUCCGCGGGGCUACGUGUGUGAGUGCGGGCCCAGCCACUACGGGCAGUACUGUGAGAACAAGAUCGACCUUCCGUGCCCCAAAGGCUGGUGGGGGAACCCUGUGUGCGGACCUUGCCACUGUGCUGUGGGCAAAGGCUUCGACCCCGACUGCAACAAGACCAAUGGGCAGUGCCAGUGCAAGGAGAAUUACUACAGGCCCCCGGACCAGGAUGUCUGCCUGCCGUGUGACUGCUUCCCGCACGGCUCCCACAGCCGCACCUGUGACACCGACACUGGGCAGUGCGCCUGCAAGCCCGGCGUCAUUGGCCGCCAGUGCAACCGCUGCGACAACCCUUUUGCUGAGGUCACCAUGCUUGGCUGUGAAGUGAUCUACAACGGAUGUCCCAGGGCAUUUGAGGCCGGCAUCUGGUGGCCACAGACCAAGUUCGGGCAGCCGGCUGCAGUGCCAUGCCCCAAGGGAUCUGUGGGGAACGCGGUCCGACACUGCAGCGGGGAGAAGGGCUGGCUGCCCCCCGAGCUCUUUAACUGCACCACCGUCUCCUUCGUGGAGCUCAAAGCCGUGAACGAGAAGCUGAGCCAUAACGAGACGCGGAUGGACGGCGACAGGUCCCUGCGGCUGGCCAGGGCGCUGCGGAACGCCACGCGGCACGCGGGCGCGCUGUUCGGCAACGACGUGCGCACGGCCUACCAGCUGCUGGGCCGCAUCCUGCAGCACGAGAGCGGCCAGCAGGGCUUCGACCUGGCGGCCACGCGGGACGCCGACUUCCACGAGGACGUCGUCCGCACGGGCAGCGCCCUCCUGGCUCCGGGCACCAGGGCCGCGUGGGAGCAGAUCCAGCGGAACGAGGGUGGCGCCGCGCAGCUGCUGAGGCGCUUCGAGGCCUACUUCAGCAACGUGGCGCGCAACGUGCGGCGGACCUACCUGAGGCCCUUCGUCAUCGUCACCGCCAACAUGAUUCUUGCUGUCGACGUCUUCGACACGUUUAACUUCACGGGCGCCAGGGUGCCGCGGUUCCAGGACAUUCGUGAGGAGUUCCCAAAAGAGCUGGAGUCCUCCGUUGUCUUCUCUGCUGACUUCUUCAAACCACCCGAGAGAAAAGAGGGCCCCACGGUGAGGCCGGCAGGUCGCAAGGCCGCCCCGCAGAUGGCACGCCCUGAGCCCGGCGCCGAGAGGGAGGCCCCAUUCAGGAGGCGGAAGAGGCACCCCCAGGAGCCCGGCCAGUUCGCCGUCGUCCUGGUCAUCAUCUAUCGGACCCUGGGGCAGCUCCUGCCCGAGCACUAUGACCCCGACCGCCGCAGCCUCCGGCUGCCUAACCGGCCCGUCAUUAACACCCCGGUGGUGAGCGCGGUGGUGUACAGCGAGGGGGCGCCGCUCCCCAGCCCCCCAGAGAGGCCCGUCCUGGUGGAGUACACCCUGCUGGAGACCGAGGAGCGCACCAAGCCCGUCUGUGUGUUCUGGAACCACUCCAUCACCCCCAGUGGGACUGGAGGGUGGUCAGCCAAGGGCUGUGAGCUGCUGUCCCGGAACCGGACCCACGUUGCCUGCCAGUGCAGCCACGCCACCAGCUGUGCCGUGCUCAUGGACGUCUCCAGACGCGAGCAUGGAGAGGUCCUGCCCCUGAAGAUCAUCACCUACGCUGCCGUGUCCUUGUCACUGGCUGCCCUGCUGGUGGCCUUCGUCCUCCUGGCACUGGUGCGGACGCUGCAUUCCAACCUGCACAGCAUCCACAAAAACCUCACGGGGGCGCUCUUCUUCUCCCAGCUGGUCUUCGUCAUCGGGAUCACACAGACGGAAAACCCGUUUCUGUGCACGGUGAUUGCCAUCCUCCUGCACUACGUCUACAUGAGCACCUUCGCCUGGGCCUUCGUGGAGAGCCUGCACGUCUACCGCGUGCUGACCGAGGUGCGCAACAUCGACGCGGGGCCCAUGAGGUUCUACUACGUCGUGGGCUGGGGCAUUCCAGCCAUUGUCACAGGACUCGCGGUGGGCCUGGACCCCCAGGGCUAUGGAAACCCGGACUUCUGCUGGCUGUCCCUUCGAGACACCCUGAUCUGGAGCUUUGCCGGGCCCAUCGGAACGGUUAUAAUUGUCAACACAGUCAUUUUUGUCCUGUCUGCAAAGGUUUCCUGCCAAAGAAAGCACCAUUAUUAUGAAAGAAAAGGGAUUGUCUCCCUGCUGAGGACUGCCUUCCUCCUGCUGCUGCUCAUCAGCGCCACCUGGCUGCUGGGGCUGCUGGCUGUGAACAGCGACGUGCUGACCUUCCACUACCUCUUCGCCAUCUUCAGCUGCUUACAGGGCCUUUUCGUCCUCUUGUUCUACUGCGUGCUCAACAGGGAUGUCCGGAAGCACCUGAAGGGGGUACUCGCCGGCAAGAAGCCGCACCCGGACGACUCGACCACCACGAGGGCCACCCUGCUGACGCGCUCCCUCAACUGCAACAACACCUACAACGAGGAGCCCAACAUGUUCCGCACGGCCCUGGGCGAGUCCACCGCCUCGCUGGACAGCACCCUCAGGGACGAAGGGGGCCAGAAGCUCAGCGUGUCCUCUGGGCUGGUGCGGGGCGGCCCGGGUGAGCCAGAUCCGUCCUUCAUCCCCAGGAGCAGCAAGAAGCCCCACGGCCACGAUUCGGACUCGGAUAGUGAGCUGUCCCUGGACGAGCAGAGCAGCUCUUACGCCUCCUCACACUCUUCAGACAGCGAGGACGAAGACAAGCGGGACCCGACCCGGGGCCCUGUCCACAGCACCCCCAAAGUGGACGCUGCGGCCGACCACAUCCCUGCCGGCUGGCCCGACGACAGCCUGGCUGGGAGCGACAGUGAGGAGCCGGGAGAGAAGCCGCGUCUGAAGGUGGAGACCAAGGUCAGCGUGGAGCUGCACCUGGACGCGCAGGGCAACCACUGCGAGAAGCCUGCGCUCCCCACCCAGCCCCCAGAGCAGAUAAAAGGCAUCUUGAAAAACAAAGUCACUUACCCGCCGCCGCUGACGGAGAAGACCCUGAAGUCCCGGCUCCGGGAGAAGCUAGCCGAGUGUGAGCAGAGCCCUGCGUCGUCGCGGUCAUCCUCCCUGGGCUCCAGCGACGGGGUCCGCGGCCCCGACGGCGCCAUCACCGUCAAGACCCCGCGCCGGGAGCCGGGGCGCGAGCACCUCAACGGGGUGGCCAUGAACGUGCGCGCCGGGAGCGCCCAGGCGCACGGCUCCGACUCCGAAGGCAGUAACGAAACUUCAAUUUGAACUAUCAGGAAACUGUGAGAUAAGCCGGUCAUCUCCACCCAGGCCUCUGUGCCGUCUCAUCGUGCCCUUGGAGCCCGAGGGGCCACUGCCCGUCCAGUGAAGCAGGCCCUGGUGGUAGGGUCCCUACAGUGGCAGCCCCAUGACUGGUGUGACUGACGGUCCAGACAGGAAGCCCUGUGCUGCCCCCAGGGGCUCAGGGCCCAUCCAACCCCCUGAUAAGUGCCAAAGGUCACAGGCACAAGGAGGCGUGGACUCCCGGGCUGACACAGCUCGAUCCUCAGCCUGCAAACAGA